AUAUAUUAAUCAAGUAUCAAUAUAGGAAAACGGGAGACACUGUGCUUUGUUUUGGAUCGAAUUGUGCAGUCAUGAAUCUUGCAUAGAAUUUUCAAUUUUUUUGUAUGGAAUACUUAAAGAUGGAAGUAAGGGAGGCAGGAGAUGGGGCUGCGGCAGGGGAAUAUGACCGGGAACCGCCUAAGAAGUACAGUUGGGCGGAGGUGAGGCAAGCCGUUCACGAUUUACGAAAAGAGCUAUCUUCAUUGUCUACUAUGGUGCCAAUGGCCAUAUCUUUUAGAAAAUUAAGCAAUGGUAAGACGAGAGUGUACUUCUUGAGAACUCCGCAGAACGGAUGGGAGAUUACAUUGUUGUAUACUGAUAUAAUACCAACCUUGCAACCUAGUAAUGCUAGAUUAGACUGGAAACCGUUAAUAGAAUCGAACGUAGCUCUCGAUGUGUCCUCCGGCAAGUGGUCUCGUGAGGAACAACUGCUCUGGGAGCGGCAGCGUGUCGCCGCAUGGGGUAUAGCGUCGUACGAGCUCCAUCAGAGUGGUAGAGUGCUGUUCCCGUGCGCGUCGUCGUUGUUCGUGGCUGAGGAGAGCGGUGGACAGUCGCCCCCACUAGUCCCCCGCUCGCUCACAACGGGGGGCGGAGCGCCCCUCACACCAGCCAUGUGUCCCUCCGCCCCGCGGCUAGUGGCCCACGCGGCCCGCGGGGACAUCUGGCUCGCGGGGGACUGUCUCAGACGUCCCGCUAGGUUGACGUACGCAUGCAGGGGACGGGAUGAACGGUUAGCCGACGACCCCCUCCAAGCGGGAGUACCAUGCUACGUGACUCAGGAGGAGUUCUCGAGAUACACCGGCUUCUGGUGGCAACCGAAAUGUGAUGAUGACGUGUUCCGGAUAGUUUACGAAGAGGUCGAUGAAAGUGAGGUGAAGAUAUUCAGCUUCCCCUCGUCGAACAGUAGCAGCGGGGAGGUCGAGGAGUUCAGAUUCCCUCGCGCCGGUACACCGAACGCGAAGUCUGUGCUAAAAUUGGUGACGUUCAAACUGCAGAAAGCUUCACCCACCACCGUCCUCGAUUAUUACAACGAGGGCAACUCGGAGACGUUACCAUCCCCAAACGACAGUAUGGAGGUCACAGACAUAAGAUGGUACGAGAUGAAGCAUCCGCUAAAAGAAACGUUCCCGUGGUUUGAAUAUCUGGCCAGAGUGGGUUGGACGCCUUGUGGACAGUUCGUGUGGGUGCAGCUGCUGGACCGCAAGCAGCAGCGGCUCGAGCUCGCGCUGAUACCGCUGGCCGAGUUCUCAGCGCGCACAGCGUACACGCUGGCACCUGCACAUAUGGACUCGCCCGCUGACAACUGUGUGCUCAGCAAGUCGCAAAUCCAAGUGCUCGUCCGCGAAACGGCGCCCGACGCGUGGAUAAACGUGCACGACAUAUUCUAUCCGCUCGCGAGUUCCACGAGUUCCACAAGUUCCACGAGUUCCAGUUCCACGAGUUCCAGUUCCACGAGUUCCACGGAACAGACGAUGAGUUUCAUAUGGGCGUCCGAAGAGACUGGGCACUUGCAUCUGUAUCGUAUUGAAUGUGCUAUCAAACCGCCUGCCACUACGGUCGAAGGAAUGCUAUCAGAGGACGAAUUAAAUGCAUCUGGUCCGAACAUUAUAAGCAAAGAGGCGAUCACUUCGGGAGAGUGGGAAGUUAUGGGAAGAAAGAUAUGGGUGGACGAAGCCCUAGAUCUAGUCUACUUCGUGGGGCUCCGCGAGACCCCACUAGAGCGCCACUUGUACGUAGCGCCCCUUCGCCCCUCGGCCUCCGCCCCGCCGGUACUGUUGACUAACGUGGGCAACUCGCACACGGUCGAUAUGGAUGAGGAGUGCUCCGUAGCUGUAAUAACGUCGUCCAACAUAAGCAGCGUGCCCAGCACGAGAGUGUACCGCGUGAGCCGAACAGCGCUCUCGCAGUACGGCACGCUGCUCGACCGGCCGCUGCUCGACAACCUCGACGCUCGGCCGUUCAACGGUAGCUGGGAGCGAGCGGGUGACGGUGAUGAGUGCAACGAUGUGUCAUUACUUAUUAAAGAACGUUCUCUCAGCGGUAUCGAAGUCCCCCCACCACAGAUAUACUCCACCCGGCUCUCGUGCGGUGUCACAGCGUACUGUACGCUGUGGCGCAGCGCAGUGCCGGGCGCUCGGCCGACCGUACUGCACGUGUACGGAGGGCCCGAAGUGCAGACCGUCACUAAUAGUUAUAAGGGUAUACGCCAACUACGCAUGCACAUGCUAGCCGCUCGCGGUUUCAGCGUGGUUUCUGUGGACUCUCGCGGGUCUAAACACCGCGGGAGGGCUUGGGAAGCGGCUAUUAGGGGCAAGAUGGGGCAAGUUGAACUGGAUGAUCAGGUCGAAGUUCUACAGUGGCUCGCGAAAGAAACCGGAUGUAUAGAUAUGGAGCGCGUCGCUAUACACGGAUGGAGUUAUGGCGGCUACCUCUCACUCCUCGGCCUAGCGACCCGCCCGCACGUGUUCAAGGUGUGCGUGGCCGGCGCGCCCGUGACCAGCUGGCGGCUGUACGACACCGCGUACACCGAGCGGUACAUGGGCGCGCCCGCCGACCGCCAGCACGCGUACAGCCGCGCCAGCGUCAUUGCGCACGCGCCCUUCUUCCCGGACCGUGAGGGUAGACUGCUAAUAAUACACGGGCUUGCGGAUGAGAAUGUUCACUUCUGUCAUACCGCGGCGUUGCUCUCAGAGCUGGUGAGGCUCGGGAAACCUCAUCGGGUGCAGGUAUACCCGGGUGAGAGGCAUUCUCUGCGAGCAAUGCACGCCGCGAAGCAUUAUGAGGCGACUCUGCUACAUUUUCUACACGAAAAUCUUUGAAUGUAUAACAAUUUGUAAAAUAUAAACUGUUGAUAUA